AUAGCAUUAGCGUCUGUGUAUGUGUGUAGUCGAAGUAAAAAUGUGGUUACUUUAGAAUUCAGCAAAAUAGACCAAUACUAGGCGAAUUAGGCUUUAAUGUCUGCAAAGGUGUCGCCUCUGAUGUAAUUGUAAGGAGAUGAUGCGAACAAAAUGGAGGCGCCUUUUUAAACAGUUCUUUAUCCAAUCGAUAAUGUGUGACCAUCGGAAUCUUUCCGACUCAUCCUCGAGCGCACCGGGCACCUCGAGCUCCCGGGCGAGCUUUGCUCUGGGCAGAAGCUUGCCUGGACGAGCGUCUCUAAACCCGCCUCCUCCUGGCAGACUCAGCUCUCUGCGGUCGAGAGAUCUGACGUUGGGAGGGUUUAAAAAGAAAACCUUUGUUCCAAAUUUUCAUUCCGUUAGGAAGACUAAAGAUGAACAAAGAGAGGAACAUCACUGUGCUUCCAAGAAGGAGAAGAGAGAGAAAGAUGACAAACAGAAGGAGGGCCGAGGGAGGAGGAGAGAGCGACCACAAACAAUUCAGUCACACUCUAUAUUUGAACAAGGUCCUGCCGAUACAAUAAGGAGAAUAGGGAGCUGGGACAGUCCAGAAAGGAGUGAAUGUGGGCCUCCUGCUGUCUUUAAAUGCGUUAAAAAAGAAAAACAUACUUUUGAAGAUGAGGAGAGUGAAAUUUUACAAAAACUGAAAAGGGACGAUUUUUUAGAUGACCCUGGCCUAAAAAAUGAUGCAAAGAACAGGCCAAUUCAACUUCCACUUCAUCAGUCAAUAGACUUUUUUACUGUGGAAGAGAAAAACAUUAACAUCAAAGAAGAACCUGCCGCUGGUAAAACAAGUUUAAGAGCGCUUGGACCUCAGCAAAUGAAACAUCCCCAGAUGACAAAAGGGGCCUUGAACCCUCAACAACCUAAUGUAGCCGAACUCUUCCAGCAGUUGAGCCUGUCUAAUGAUGGUGAACUCCUGUUCAUUCAACUGCCGGAUACAAUUCCUGGACAGCCCAUAACAACUGCUGAUAAAGUUGCAAAAAAAGAGAGAAAAUCUGAAGAUAGGCAUGCACUGCCUUUUAAGACUCCGGAUCCCAUAAGAAAGGAGAGCACUUCCACUCUGUCGGAUUUCUCAGAAGGACAUAUCGGGAAACUGCGGAUCAGGAAGUCAGGAAAAGUUCAGCUUGUUUUGGGUGAAGUCAUUAUGGAUAUUUCUGAAGGCGCUGCAUUUUCUUUUCUGCAGCAACUGGUAUCUGUACGACUUUCCGAAGGCUUGACUGGCGACAUGACUGUACUGGGCAACGUAAGACACAAGCUGGUGUGCUCUCCAGACUUUGAAGAACUCCUGAAGGAUGUAAAAUAUUCAUCUUGAAACGCCCUCAGGAAUUUUGAAAUCUUAAAGCUGAAAAUGUAUAUGUAAGAAUACUUUAAUAUUAUUGUACUUUUCUGCAAUUCUAUAUUCAUGUAAACUGUUCUUUUAAGAUAUUUUACAUCUGCACUCCAUGUAUAGAAUUUAACGUACAUGCACUUAUUUGACCAUACUGUGAAAGUAUUAGAAAUGUUAUUUUGUUUUAAAAACAUGUAUUUAAAUGUUUAACAGUUGAAGAUCAAGUAUGAAAUGAGACAUUUUUUGUAUGUUGUAACAUUAAAACAAAAAUGGAAAUAGA